UCAUAUUUUGCCCGUGCUCGUGCAUUGUUUGCAAUGUUCGUUGGCGGGGUGUCAAUGAUAUUCGUAAAAUAUCUCAAGUGCGCAUAAUACAAAAUAUUAUUUAUGAAACGUUGGCGACCCACUACAGUCUUUGUUUAAAAAAUAUCUAAGAAAGAUAAGGACUAUAUCAGUCGGACGUUCUCAGUCUCAGUGAAGAUUAGUUCGUCUGCUCUCGGGCAUCUUGCUUUAUCUCAAUAACUCGGAAAUGCGAACAUCUCCAGUGUACUGAUUAUAUAUUCAGUUCAUCGCGCGAAACAGUAUCCGCCGGUUGUUUUGACUAUGUAUCGGUAGCACUGGCUGGUUAGAAAAAAAUAUAGUAGUCUGUGAACUUUUGAAAAAGGAACACUUAUUUGUUGGUAUUUUUUUUUAUUGGGGGAAUUAGUCGUAAUGGCGGGUUAUUUACCGGAGUAUAUGUUCACUUUUGUGGAUCAGCUUGAUGAGCACCCGUGGCUCUUCGCAGGGCUGGCAUCAGUCCUUGUGGGGCUCAGUGGCAUCUUCCCACUGCUCAUCAUUCCUCUAGACGCGACAGACACCUUCACUGAUGGCCCUGGCGCGUCUAUGCUGAGGAUACUACUAAGCUUCGCAGUAGGCGGUCUACUGGGCGACGUGUUCCUACAUCUGCUGCCUGAAGCCUGGCAGAACGAUCUCAAUAAUACUAAACCCGGCGAACACGUCUCCCUAAAAAGUGGACUAUGGUGCCUCUGCGGUAUGCUAGUCUUCAUCGUCGUGGAGAAACUCUUCGCUGCCACCGAACAGGAGGAAAACGAGGAAGAAUCGCCCGAGGAACAAGACACCGUCAAGCAAAACGGGACCAAAAUCAAACAGAUUGAGAUCGAAGAGAUUGAGAAGCUUCUUAACUUGGAAAGACGGCAGAGAGGCAAGAGUAUAGGAGAAGGUAUUUGUGAUAGCAACGGCGUGGUGACGGCGAAGGAACUGUAUGACACCUGUGUCUUCAAUAAUAAUACUAAAGGAGUAUGCUGCAACUCAGUAGCAACACAAAAUGGCAACACUCGGUGCAACAGCAAGGGCAACAGAUGGAUGGGGCGCUGCCUGCUGCGCGAGGCGCGGGAGCAGGCACUCAAAGCCACCAAGGAGAAGUCCAACAAGAAAGACGUGGCAGGCUACCUGAACCUGAUGGCUAACUCCAUCGACAACUUCACUCACGGUCUCGCGGUCGGAGGCUCCUUCCUCGUCGGCUUCCGAGUAGGACUACUUACAACGUUCGCUAUACUCGUUCACGAGAUCCCUCAUGAAGUUGGUGAUUUCGCUAUCCUACUGAAAAGUGGGUUUUCUCGGUGGGAGGCAGCUAAAGCGCAACUGGCAACGGCGGCAGCAGGUCUGAUCGGCGCCAUGACGGCAGUUAUAUUCAGUGGCGCUAGGAACUCUAUUGAGGCAAAAACAUCCUGGAUAGUCCCCUUCACAGCGGGCGGUUUCCUCCACAUUGCUCUGGUCACCGUCUUACCUGAUCUACUCCGAGAGCCUGACAAGAUACAAUCCCUCAAGCAUCUCGGAGCCCUGGUCUCCGGGAUACUCAUCAUGGCCGUGAUGACCUAUUACUUUGGAUAAGAUGGACUGGAUCCCAAAUUAUGAUGAAGAGCAACCCAAGAUUUGAAGGAAGGAAACAGGAAUUUGUGUCUGUGUGUGUGUCAGUGAUGAGAUUUUUUGUGAGAAGGUUAUAAAGUGCUAUAAGUGGGAAUAUUUAUUUUAAAGUUGCCCUAAAGUUUAUUGGGUUAUUGGGCAAGUUUUGGAUAAACAUCAUCUGUGUGUUAGCUCUAUCAGGCGCAGAUUUGAAAAGCGUAAUACCAAUUUAUAAGUACGUACAGUGAAAGUUUUCCACGAUAAAUAAGGCGAAUGAGUUAGACGACAGCACAUCACCGACCUCAAUCUGUCAAAUUUCUUCAAUAGAAUUUCAACCAUAUCACAAUAGUGGAAGGUUACUAUUUGAUUGGUAACAUUUGACAGCUUCGGGUAGGUUGUCCUGCUGUCGUCUAUACGACUAAACCCUACAGCUUGUUACAUAUCUGAGCUAACAUAAAAAAAACCUUAGUAUGUUGUUAAUGUAAAUACUGUCAUCAGUGGCUAUAAACUUAGGAAUCAUAUAUUUUUAUAUUCUUAAGAUUAAAUCGUCCCAUAGGACAUUAAAUGAGUAUUAAUAUUUUUGAAUUUAACUUAGACUGUGAGUAAGUGGAAGUUAAGUUACAACUGUAGUAUGUUAAGUAAAUAAUACUCCGAUAGCGUACUAAGUGAUACGUAAAUAUUUUGAAAUUGUAUUUCUUUUUCUGUACUAGUAACACUCCCAGUGUUGCUCGCUGCAAUCGAGAACAUAACUUUUUGAAACUAAGAGAAAGUUCAUGUCUGAUGAAACAUGCGUACCGUAUGGGUUGCGUUAGUUGCGUAACACCAAAACAGACAAAUUUGCGAUAAAACAUUCAAUCAAUCACAACUAAUCGAUAAUGUGUUAGUGCGUCGAUCAUACAUUUACGAUUCGUUCGACGCAUGUUCUGUUAGAUAUGCACCUUCCCUAAAUGUCUUUAAAAUCAGAAAAAAAUGAAUUUAUUCAUUUUGCUUUAUUCCUUAAACUAUUUAUGAAAAAUAUACUUUCUUUUCGAAUAUAAUGGUUGCUAUAUACUAAGAUAAAUAGCUAUCUAUCGAAUUGUACUCCACUAAGUAAAUGUACAAACAUAUUUAGAUAUUAAUCACUUAUUAAAACCAAAUCACACUAUGUUAUGUAGUUUUAAGCUAUCAUUUUUGAUUAAAUGUUUAAUUUUGAGUUUUAGGAUUUCAUACACGAUCUCAGAAAAUACAAAAAUAUUUUUAAAAGUAAUUACACAAAAAAGUUAUAAAAUCGUCAUUGAGGUCUCUAAUACUUGAAUAUUACAUUAAUCAAUUAAACAAACAUGUAAAUUAUUGUAAAUAUUAUGGAGUUAAGAACUUAGUUGCCUAGUGGUUAAAAUACCAGCCUCUCAAGUAUAAGAGUGCAGGUUCGAUUGCAGGUCAAACAAGUUACAAGAGUAUAGGGCGCAAUUUAAUAUUGGACAGUUAAAACAUUUUUUUUUCUUACAUUUAGGAUGUAAUUACAUAUUCUCGAGACUUAAUCGCACUUUAAUAAUAAAAAUAUUUCUUUACAGUAAUAUAUCGCGAUUAAGUCCCAACUGUGUAAAAAUAUUUGUACAAUUUACGAAGAUAAACUUGCAAUUAAUUUAUAUCUUGGAACAAACAGCCUCCGUGUAAACAAUAAAUACUUAGUCCCUUAGUAAAUAGUACAAACUCCACUUGUAAUAUUGUGAUAGUUUUCUAUAAUAGUUAUUCAUAUAUUUUUUGUUAUUUCCACAUUUAGAGGUGCAGUCGUUUUUUUAUUAUUAUAUAUCAAUUUAUUUUUCGCCCGUUUCUAUACACGUAAUCAUGCAUUUUAGUUGUUAAUAAAAAUAUUGCUAGCGAGUGCAUUUAGACAAGUAGCUAUAUCAAAAAUCUAAAAUACUUACGUCAAUUCUAAUUUUGUAUCUUAUUUUUUGUACGUUCUCUAAUGAUACGUAAGAUUUUCAAUUUGUUCGCUAUUUGCACUUGAUAUAUAAACAAUAACGUAUCUACAAUGAGUAGCCAUUAAAAUAUAUUGUGAUAAAUAAUGCCAUUUACGAGUAUUUUAGUCGUGAGAACGACAUUACUAUUAAGAAAGUGUUAAAAGUCAAUAAAAUUAUCAGAAGCAGUC